GGAGGAGGUUCAAUGCACUGGAAGAAAGGACAGCAGAUCCUACGCAACCAGAACAAAGGUGCCUGGGAGUGUUCCUGGGCCCAAGCUCUUCUCACAGAGGGAGGGACGGAACAGACAGCAGACACCAUGGAGUCCCGCUCAGCCCCUGCGCACAGAGGGUGCGUCCCCUGGCAGGGGCUCCUGCUGGCUGCCUCACUCGUAACCCUCUGGAGCCUGCCCACCACUGCCCAGCUCACUAUUGAGUCAGUGCCGCCCAAUGCUGCCGAAGGGAAGGAUGUGCUUCUCCAUGUCCACAACCUGCCUGGGUUUCUUGGAGGCUAUGUCUGGUUCAAAGGGGAAAGUGUGGCCAGCAACCAUCAAAUUGCAUCAUAUAUAAUAGAUACUCAAGAAAUACACCCAGGACCUGCUUACAGCAGUCGAGAGACAAUAUACCCCAAUGGGUCCCUGCUGUUCCAGAACGUCACCCUGCAGGAUACAGGGUACUACACUCUACUAGCCAUAAAGAAAAUUUUUCAAGGUGAAAUAGUAACCGGACAGCUCCGUGUAUACCGUGAGUGAUUGCUCUCUGACCUCUGGGUGUCGGGUGGGGUGAAUUCUACUUCACACACAGGACUGACAGCCCUGGACUCUGCCUCCAUCCCCCUCUGCAUCAUCUCCCAGGUUGGGUUUGGGCAUUUAGUGCAGGACACACACAGUGGAGACAAACUUCCUAAGAUCAGAGUUCCCUUCCUGGAUUCCAGCCCUGCAGACAUUCUCCACAGAGAGAAGGGCCAGUCUGAUGGGAGAGACUCAGCAGAGGGAGGCCAGUCUCAUCCAGCCCCUGGACCCCUUCCCAUGACCAUGACCCUGAGACAGGCUCUACAGGAGUGGUUCUCAACCUUCCUAAUGC